AUGGAAACCUAUCGACAACGUGGGCCUAAAACUCAGACAUCCAAAAAGCUGCUGCUACCUCUUUCCUUUGGUCCCUGCUCGACAUCACUUCUCUACAUCCUAGAUGAUCAUCUUCAGGGUCAAUAUGAUAGAAUGAAUCGAGCGACAUAUGAGCUAAUUGUAGUUCAUAUCAAUCUAUUUACAACUUUAAAGGAUAAGGAAAAUUCUAUCAAGCGGUUACAUGAAUUCCAAUCUCGGUUUCCUCGGCACAGUUUUAGAAUUAUUAAUCUAGAAGAAUCUCUGCAGGUCGAGGACAUCGACUGGGGUUCUAUUGACACGUUUUUGUUACCAAAGACCACAGGCCAAAUAUCACCUGAUGACAAGCUUUCUCAGAUGAUUGGAUCAAUUGUGUCGCCGACGUCACGUGCUGAAAUGGUAUCAAUUUUGUUUGUCCGACUUUUAGUUUCCUUUGGACGGAAAAAUAACUGUGACACUGUCCUUUUCGGAGAUUCAAUCACAAAACUCGCCGAAAAGGCCUUAACUGUUAUUGCCAGAGGCAAUGGAUGUUCACUCCAAUGGCAAGUCUCAGAUGGCUUAUCACCACUCGGUAUCAGUUGCAAGUACCCUCUCAGAGAUCUCCAUAAAAAAGAAAUCAUUGCUUUUUCUCUGCUAGCAACACCACCGCUGGAUGAUUUGAUAAGCCGGGACGAAAUAACUCUCAUGUCUGCUUGCGAAAAAUCAUCUACCAUUAACGAUUUAAUGUCACAGUACUUCGAGUCUGUGGGAUCGAAUUACCCUAGCAUUGUAGCAAACGUUGUAAGGACAUGCGGUAAACUUCGAGCAGUGUCCAGCCAGAAUUCAACUCCCUGUGGCUUGUGUGGACUCCCAUUUGAUGAUAAAUUGGGUACUUUCUCAUGCGAUAGUGAGAUAUCCUCAUCUCACCAGACUAUACAAUUACCAAAACAUGUGUCUACCUUCUGCCGUGGGUGCUUUAAUUUAGUCAGUAACAUUUAA